AUGAGCGACCAGAAAAAGCGUUUUAUGAGACAGCAAAACACCUCGACAGUCGAUUCGGAUCUUGCUAGAGAUCAGGAGAGCGUUAAUUUGGUGAUAGACCAUACUCCGUCAAGAGUUUCAUCUGUUUCGACAGAAGAUUCGUAUACAAGGGCUGCCACAGAAUUGAUUGGUGGAACUACAGUUCGUCAUCAUCAUCAUCAUCAUCAUCAUCAUCGUCAUAGUAAUAAUAACAAGCAUCCACAUGAGACUGUGGAAGAUUUGAACACAAUCACUACUAAUAACACUACAUACUCUAACCAUACAACCCCUGGUAUAGCGCACCAUCACCAUCAUUCUGUAACAUCUCAGCCAUUGAAAUCCAAAUCGAUGAGUGCAGCAACUACCACUUCUGAAGAUUCAGCUUCGAAACAGCCCUCCAAAUUGAAAACUUUUUUAAGUCCACAGAGACCUGUUUUAAAUGUUCGUAAAUCAUGUUAUGAGGAUAUUGCUCCAGAUGAAAUAUCGUUACAGGAUGUCAACACAGAACUAGAAGUACUGCCACCACCACAAUCACAUAAAAUCUUUACAUUCUCUAUGCCAUUUGGAGGUACUGCCUCUACAGAAUCAAGAAAGAAAAGCACAUUCCCCAAAUUUCCUACUGUGGCAGAGAAAUUUAGUAAGGUGAAAUCUAAGCAUAAAGAAUCUUCACCACCUGAAGCUAGCGGUACUCGUACGAAUAGCAUUGUUAGUAGUACCACCAGUAGUGGCCGAAGUAUAGAGUCUUCUUCUAACGUCGUCAAUGUCGAGUCUAAUAUUUCUAUAAGUACUGACGCCACUAGUAGUACAAUGAUUUCUACUGAUGAGAUCAUCACAGAAUCGAAACAAGAAAUUAAGCAUAAAUUAAUUAGACAAAAUUCCAUUACUUCGUUGGAGGAAUUGGCACUUUUCGAUGAUGAAAAAGGUAUUACGAAUGUAAGAAAUGCUGCAUUUAAGAAAACUUUCCAAUUAGAUACUUUAAAACAUUCAAUUAAAAAUAUUGUUGAGGAUCCAAAUGCUAUGUCCGCGGAUGGUUAUCGAUUUGACGAAGUAAAUCAUAUAUUUGAUGAAUUGGAAGGCGAUGUGGUAAUUCUUGGUGGUUAUCGUGGUUCUGUUUUAAGAGAUGUAAAGACUCAUAAAAGGUUAUGGGUACCAUUAGAGGCAAGUUUAAAUUUAUCAAAUGAUGUUAAUUUAAUUAUUGGUCCAAGAGAUAUUGAUGAAAUUGAUAUCCAAUCCAAAAUAAAACCUGAUGGUAUGUUAACUCAUUGCGGUCCAGUAGAUAUCUCCAAAAGAUUAAUUCAUAAAUUAAGUCUAAAUAAAAAAGUUCAUGUGGAAGAUUUCGGUUAUGAUUGGAGACUCUCUUUAGAUUUAGUAGCUGUUCAAUUAGCAGAAACACUGCAAAAAUUAUAUGAUAAACAAACUGUGAAAAAAGGUGUAUAUGUCGUGGCACAUUCCAUGGGUGGGAUGAUAACUCAUAAAGUAUUACAAGAUCACACUGAAUUGAUUAGAGGUAUCGUAUAUGUUGGUUGUCCAAAUCAAUGUCCAAAUGUUUUGGGCCCAAUUCGAUUUGGUGAUGAAAUUCUUUUAAAUAAGACUAUCUUAAGUAAAGAAGCUAACUUUUUUAUGAGAUCUUCAUUUUCCUUUUUACCAAUGGAUGGUAGAUUAUUUGUUGAUAAGACAGGUAGAAAUAGAUUUGAUUUAGAUUUCUACGAUCCAAAUGUUUGGAUUGAAUAUGGGUUAUCACCUUUGGUGUCUAAAAGGAGAAAAGACUUUGAAGAUUCACUAAAAGGUAACCCUAAUAAGCAAAAUCCAUCAGAUCCACAUAAUCAUCAUCAUCCUCCUCAUCAUUUAACAACUCCUAAAAUAUUAAAGACAUUAAACCCAAUUCCAAUUAUUAAAUCUGUUAAUCCAAUAUCAAAUUCUUCUGAUAAUCAUUAUGUGGAAGCCCCCAUUGAUGAAAAUGAAUUUGUUACAUCCUAUGAUGAUUCUGUGAAAUAUUUGAAAAAUGUUUUAAUAAGAACUAAAAAUUUCCAUGAAAGUUUGGCAUAUAAUCCUGAAAAAAAUUAUCCUCCAUUAGUCAUUGUCUUUGGUAAUAAAAUCCCUACUGUAAGAGGUGCCAAAGUUUGUGGUUUGCAAGAUAUUAAAGAUGGGAUAUAUAAUGAUUUCUAUUAUGGUGCUGGUGAUGGUGUAGUCCAUGAACAUUGGUUAUUACCCGAAAAGAUUGGGUUCCCAGUGGAAGCUCGUAUAGCAACACAUGUAGGUCAUGUUAGUUUAAUGAGUGAUUUAACUUCUAUGGCCAAAGCCUUUGUAUCGUUAAGAAAGGCAGAAUUACAAAGAGAAAAAGAUCGUCAAUCAGAGUCAAAUGAUGUUAAAGUAGUAACAACCGUAUAA